CAGAUGGAGAUGGUCGUGGGCACUCCACCCCAAUGCGUAUUAACAACGAGGGGAGAUCUAGCAAGAUGGUGCUGCGGUUUAGUCCGAUUCAGGAGGCUGAGGCGUAUGAUUAUCCAAUAAAAGGAUCGUCGGAUGAAAGUGAUAUCAAGAGGAGAAACCUUGCAUUUGACGUAUUUAGGAGAACGUCUGGUGGAAGUCUCAAUUAUAGCAUUGGUCAAGGCCGUGAUAGGAAUGAUGAUCGAGGGGGAUCGAGUUGGUCGAGCGUUCCUUAUGUGACGUAUUUUCUAUUUUGUCUCAACAUUCUUGUAUUUGCCAUUUACAUCUGCAACAGCAGCGUGGACGUAGCUGGUCUCGAGCCCAAGCUUCUGAUCAACAACUUCACUACAACACUGGCAGGUACCAACAUCACCCAAAUGAGGCAACGACCGAAUCCAUGGAUCGGACCAAGUCUGAAAUUCCUAAUUGGAAUCGGUGCCAUGUAUGCACCAUGUGUCCGUGAAGACGCGAAGAUUAAAGGGAUAGUGAAAGAAGCUGCCGUUACGCCACCUGACGUCCUCGGCUGCUGCGAGAUCAGGAAGAGAGGUCUCGCCGCAAUGGCCACGUAUCGGGAUUGCAAAAGAUUUGGAUUCGGCCAUGGUAUGAUUUGGACAAAAGAAGCACAGUGCGGCGACAUGCAAUUACAAGUCAAGAACUCCGUGAUCCUCCGCCCAUGCUGUGUGGGCACGGAGGGCAAGUGUAUGAUGUUAGCUCGUGUCGACUGUAAAAAGUUGGACGGGUUAUUUCAUAACGCAGGGCCAGAACACUGCAGCCAGAUCAAUUGUCUCGGAGAUAUCUGCCAGUUUUAUGAGAACAACAGUACGUACACGCCCCUCAACCCAAACCAAUGGUGGCGACUCUUUGUGUCUCCAUUCUACCACUACGGCGGACUCCAUCUGAUCAUGACACUGGUGGGUUACAUCUCGAUAGGGAAGCAGUUGGAACGGUCUGUAGGACAUAUCAGGAUUUUCAUAAUCUACCUUGGAACGGCCAUGAUGGGGCUUCUGACUGGCGGCGUCUUCCUCCCCUACCACGUCCACAUAGGCGGCACGGCCAGCGUGUUCGGCCUCUUCGGAGUGCUACAGAUCCAGCUCAUACAGACAUGGAAAACUCACGUGAAACCCUGCACAGAAAUUGCCCUUCUUUUCUUCUUCUUCCUAUUCUACGCAUUCCUCGGCCUUCUUUCGAUGGUCGACAACUACGAGCACAUCGGGGGCUACUGGGCUGGGCUCCUCUUAGGGUGCCUUCUGUUACCCUACGUCACUUUUGGCUCGUGGAAGCUCGGGGUUAGACGCGUCGUGUUCGCCUUUAGCCUUUCUUUAACCAUUAUUUCUGUCUUGUUUCUCAUGUGUUUUUACUUCAUUGACCCCGAUUUCACAUUUCCUGAGGAACUAGUGUAUUUUAGCUGCCUGCCAUUCAGUUCGGGAUUUUGUGAAAAUGAUGAUGUAGAGAUCAAAUAGUUCAAAAUAUUGUGUUAGGCAUUUAUUUGCAAAUCGAUAUAGUGUCACUGUCGCUAAUCGUUUCAAAAUACUAAGUAUGUCAUCGUCUCUAAGUUUACAUGUAUUUACUGAAAGUUUCGUUAAUAUUUUUUUCUGUUGUGAAUUUAGGUUGUCAAGCAUAA